UUCUUCAUCAAAUCAUCAUAACCAUGGAUCCAGUUCAUUUUCAUUUUUAUCAUCAUCAAACUCAUCAUCAUAUGAUAUAAAUCUAUUCGAAUCCUCUUCCAAUUUAUCGAAUGAUUCAGUUUUUGUUGAAAAAAACAAUACUAAUCAUCAUCAUCAUAAUGAUAGCUCAUCAUCAUCGCCUUCAACAUCUAAGAUUCAAACAUUUGCAACAUCAAGUUUAGCUCAAGAAGCAAACGAAUUUUCGUCAUCAUUUUCCAAAACAAAAACACUAAUCGGUGAACGACUGAAUUAUUCAGAGAAAGACGAAAAAAAGAAGAAAUCAAAAUCAUCUUCAAAAUCAUCAUCGUCGACUAAAUUAAGUCGUGCAUUUGAUUAUUAUAAAAGUAUCUGUAAUUAUUAUAACAAAGAUUCAACGAGAUUGUCAACAAAAGAUAAAUUCUCAUUCGAUAUGGAACAUAUUCAUCAUCCCGAUGAUGAUGGCGAUGGAAAUUCAGCAGUAGAUAUUAGUAAUCCACAACAACAACAAAAUGAUUUAUUAGCGCGACAAAAACGAUUUAAAAUCACUGAAAAACAGCUUACAUAUCUUAAACACAAAAUUGAAAAACUUUUAGUAAAAUUAGAAUCUGAAUAUGAAACAGAAUUGGCAACUACACCGGAUGAAGAGUGUGUCAUCUGUAUAAAUGCAAAAGCAACGAUGCAAACAUUUCCAUGUGGACAUCGUGUGGUUUGUCGGAAAUGUUUUGUUAAAACCAUACAGAUGGUUGUAUCACAACGAAUGUUACCAUUACGAUGUGUCAUUUGUCGUGCAAAAGUAUUGCGUCUGAAACAAACAACAAUUGGUGGAUUUCAUUGUUGUGGCGGUAAUCGAUCAAAUAACAUUUGCACAUCAGUGUCGAACAAUGGCAAUAAUAGUAAUAGUAAGAUUGAUUUAAAUUUUAUUCAUUGGAUCACUAUUACCACUAGUAAUAGUGAUGAUCAGUCAAUCAAAACACAUAACAAUAACCGUAGACCCAACAGUUUGCCAUUGAAAUCAUUAUCCCAAACACCAUCAACAACAAAAUCAUCGCCAACGACACCUACAAGUUGUUUGGCUGAAAUAUUUAAUGUACAAAAAGAACUAUAUGAAAAUUGGGAAAGUAAUCAGAUUCAGAAUCAGAAUGAGCAAAUUAUUAACAAUAAUGAUGAUGAUCCGUCCAUGUUUUUGUUGAUGAUGAUGAUGGCCAACACCAGCACCGAUAAUAAUAUUAAUCAAAAGCCAUCAACAACAAGACGACAGAUUUUUGAUCUAGAAUCUGGUAUUGAAUGGUAUGAACGACGCCUACAACGACAACAACAGCAGCAGCAGCAGCAGCAAUUUUCUUCUCCAAAUCAUCAUCAUGAACAAAAUCAAUGA